AACUUUUUUUUUUUUUUUGGCUUGGUGCCUCCAGGGCUGGUUUCCCAGUCCUGAAUAACCACUUCCAGACCCAGGUCGCCAGCCCCACCCCAGGUUGCCCCCGGCUCUGCCCCAGGCCCCUGAGGGUGGGAAGCUUUGCCCAGUGGGUCUCUGCCUCAUAGCUGCAAUUGAGUCAGUAUGCUUGGGGUCAACGACCCUCCUCUUUUUAUAAAAGACAUUAAGGCCGGACUGAAAAACUUAAAUGUGGUCUUUAUUGUCCUGGAGAUAGGACACGUGGUGACCAGAACCAAAGAUGGCCAUGAAGUGAGAUCCUGCAAAGUAGCUGACAGAACGGGAAGCAUCACUAUUUCUGUGUGGGAUGAAAUGGGAAGACUCAUACAGACAGGGGAUAUUAUUCGUUUGACCAGAGGGUAUGCAUCAAUGUGGAAAGGAUGCCUGACACUUUAUGCUGGAAGAGGUGGUGAACUUCAAAAAAUUGGAGAGUUUUGUAUGGUGUAUUCAGAACUGCCAAAUUUCAGUGAGCCAAACCCAGAUUAUAGAGGACAGCAGAACAACUCGGAACAAAAUGAGAAGGAUAAAGUGAAUGCUGGGACAUUUGGCCCCUUUGGAAAUGGUGUUCAGACUGGGACUGAUUCAAGAGGAUUUCAUCUUCCAUAUACUGGUAGAAGCAGUGGCCGGGAGCACAUCAAUUUUCCAUUUCCAGGAGCUCGAAGUAGUCAAACAGUCAUGACCACAAUAAACAAUGCCAAGGAUCCUAGGAGAGCUUUUAGAAGAUGACCGAAGCCAAUGAGACUCAUGUAGUUUUUAAACUACGUGCCUUACUUGGACACUUAAUGCACGUUUAUUUAUUGUUAACUGUGAAAAGCUUGUCUCUUACAGGUUUCUUGUUACAUUUUGGGUUUGUUAAAAAGAAUGACUGAUUUUUACUGCACAGUGUUGAGCUGCUCAUUUCCAUCCUGUUGCAGAAUAGGAACUCUGAAAGUGGGAACAUUUAUAUUUUAGAAAGACCUUACUGAGUAUCACCUGAAAACCUUUUCCUGUUUCAAGGGUGAGCUACUUAUGACACCAGCAUUUGCCAUAACAUUUCAUGGGAAAUGUUCUUUUGUUUUAAACUGGGAUGGGGCCGGCGGUAGUGAUAGCAGCCCCAAGCAGAAGCCUGGCCUAUGCUGGCAGUGCUUUGAGUGCUUGUGGUCCAGGGAUGACUGACUUCUAGAGUGACUGGCCUGCCAUUGAGAGUGUCCACGGUCAGAAGCACAGCCUACAUUCUUGUUUAGUUACCACACUACUAGACUCUUCCCAGAAUUGUGCAAUACAAUGUGUAAUAUUAUAAGUAGUUUUAGAAGAAAACUGUUAGAUAAUGCUCUUAAUAUUUGUUACAUACAAACAUUAAAAUUAUUCUUAAGAAAAAUUUCCAACGUUGUCUUUGUGUUAAUUUUUAAUCAACCAUGUUAAAUACUGGUAUAAUUGGAAGGAUUAUAAUACAACCCAGGACAGAAAUUAUUGGAACAAAUGCAAUUCAGAUUGAAUUCUUAUAGCCAUGUGACAACCUGGGUCAGGUGGUCAGGUAGAAGUAAGUAUGCUAGAGUAAGGAUAGGUACUGCUUCUCUUUAAGGGAGUGUAUGUGCUUUAGUUCUUUGUUUCU